CGUAGCGAAGUCCGAUAGAAGUCCAAUUUGUAAGCAAAAGGAUAGCUGAUGACACCUUGAGGGACAAUUCACUUGUAUUGGUAGCCCUCAAUUGAACCAAACAAGCCAGGAUUCGAGAAAGCCAAUAGCAGUAAUGGUUCUCAUUUUUAAUCAAAUGAGACGCAGCAUCAACAUCCUACCGUCCUGGAUGAGAAAAUCAGACCCGGCCACGGCCCUGUGUCGCCUAUCCGGCCAGCACCGCUCGUAUCACCAUCCACUUAUAUCCAGCUCCGAGAAGCACUGAUGACAAAUGAGAAUCGGAUUUCGUUCCGGCUUAAAAUUCCGAUGCACAUGGCGAUUACGUUUGAUGCCGGUAGCUUGCGUACUGUUAUAUAGGUAGGACGAAUCGUCCGACAUAUAAGCUGUCAGCAUCGCAAUCACUACGUAACAUAGAUCAUCUACCACAUCACGUAUCCGACUAACUCCGAACCCAUACAUUUGUAUCAGACAUACCUAGAUAAUCUCGAAUAUGAGUACGAUCAGUAAAGUUGCAGUCGCCGGGGCCACCGGUCUCCUUGGCAAGCCUGUAGUGAACCAACUUCUCGAAGACGGUUUCACGGUAACAGUGCUCGCUCGCAAGGGAGCAAGCCACGACUUCCCUUCCGCGGUCACCGUCGCCGAGGUCGAUUACGAGGCCCCCGCAACCCUCGUCAAGGCGCUCUCGGGCCAAGACGCCGUCGUCUCAGCCGUCGGGUUCGCAGGCCUUCUGCAGCAGAUCCCCCUCAUCGAGGCCGCCGUCAAAGCGGGGGUGAAGCGGUUCGUCCCCUCGGAGUUCGGCGGCGACGCCGAGAACGACAAGAUCACCGAGCUGCCCAUGUUCGUCGACAAGAGACCCGUGAAGGAACUCGUCGAGAAGGAGGCGGCGCAGGGUCGCUUGACGUAUACCCUGGUCUCUUGCGGCCCGUUCCUGGAUAUCGCGGUGCAGCACGGUAUGCUCGUCAAUUUCAAGGAGCGCAAGAUCAACCUCUGGGACGGCGGCGAGAGGCCUUUCAGCACGACGACGCUCGCGGCUGCUGCUAAGGCUGUUACUGGGAUCCUUAGGCAUCCCGAGGAAACUAAGAACCGCGUUGUGUUUAUCCGUAGCGCGUCGCUUACGCAGAAGGAGGUCUUGGAGAGGGCGAAGAAGGCGGCUGGGCCGGAGGGGUGGACGGUAGAGACUCCGUCUGUUGCUGAGUCGCUCAGGGCGGCGUAUGCUGACCUAAAUGCGACGGGGGUGGUUAAUAGGUUUGCUUUUGUGGUAUCGGCCAUUUGGGGCGAGGGGUACGGGAGUAAUUUCCAGAAGCUGGAUAAUGACUUGCUCGGUGUUAAGGAGUUGAGCGACGCGGAGCUUCAAACCUUGAUUGAGGGUUUCGCGAAAUAGUUUUAUACUUACCUAGGUAUUCCGCUAAUGUAGGUAAAGGAGGUGUAUGGAGAAAUAAUGUUAGUCAUAACAUAGGAAGAGGAAAUCUUCCAAGAUCAAUGAUGAGGAUAGGGGCUUAAGGCAAGGCAUACUCAAAGUUCACGGGUUUGGCAACGCAGAAUAUUAGCUGAUGAACAAAACGUAUAAAAUUCCGUAUAAAAUUCAUGGCCAUUGUGAAUUAAUAGCAAGUCGCUUGAAGC